CUCUCAACGUCGUGGUGUCCUCUCGUUGAGUUCAGAUUGGAGCAAGAGCGUGAUUGCCUUUUUCUUCUGCGUCCCUGCCUGCUCAGAACCGACUGUCGAAAACCAUUUCAAGCUCUUUUCGACGAACGGACCGUAGCGAAGCCCGCAACUCCGCUGCGGGCGCGGCCGUCGUUGCAGCGCCUUGCCGGGGUGCAAAGAUGAGCGAAUGAGAGCCUGACUGUUGUUUGCCGCCGCCGCGACCUCGGUAUUACGAUUAAGGUACACGACGUCUUGAAAGUGAAAACCCCGAAAAUGCCUUCCUCUCCCGGCGCGGCCGGUGCAGCAGCUUCACCCGGGGCCGAUCCGGGGUUUCCGGAGGUCGGCUCUCUGCCCGCCAUGUCGUCCACCGCGCCUUUCAUUACGAAGCCGAAGACGUACAAGGAUUGGCUGCAAGAUUACGCCGAGCAGGUGCCGGCAUUGUCCAAGGGAGCCCGGGCCCGCUUCCAGGACGCGUCGUCUCUUUUCCUCGAAGAAGGCGACUGGAAAGCGGCCAAGCGGUUAUUCGACCAGGUGACGCUGGAAUCGCGAUUAGGAAUGGGGUCGGAGCAGGACGGUGGUGGUCCUGGCGGACAAAAUUCAUUGAACACCGCCGAAGACUUGAGCAACGACAUAGUGGAUUCGGUGCGCGCACUAUCCGUGUCGGGAGCAGAAAUGCGAAGGCCGGAACUUGUACUGCUUCACGGUUUUUUCUUAGUAAUCGGUGAAAUCGAAGUUAUGCUUUUUUAUGUUGUGAUCAUACUGAGGAAAAUCUUGAUAGUCCGAAACGUCCAUUGGCCCAUCCCCAACACGACCGCUCACCGAAAUCCAUCCAGGUGAAGCAACAGUUUUUUUUCACGCUUUUUUGGACCGAGGCUUUAGAGAGCGCGCUGACGCGCGAGAGCAGUGCCAGUGCGCAGCUCCUUCUCGAGUACGGCUGCGGGAAUUUCGUUAGUGUGGAGGACGCGUUGCAGUGCUUGCAACAGGUUUCUGACAGUGACCUUUACGCGGUCGACCUUGUUCUUCCCCUGCUCGCGCUCCACGAGACCGUCGCGAGCGAGGCUGCGGAUGCGAUGUCGAGACUCUGUUUGGUCGAGGAGAAUCAGGAAACCAUUUUGAAGAAACCCUCGGUCGACCUGUUACUACGAGCGAGCAAGUACCAUUUUGUCUCCGCCCCGCUGCAAACAGGGUGCUGGCGGGCGAUCCGCGCACUGUGCACGUGCAUGCCGGAGAUGGCGAUUCCGCAGAUCAUGCUUCCCAGGAGGAUAAAGCAGGACACGCACGUCGCGGGGGACAGCGGGGAGGUGGUCCCCAAGGAAGAUCACGCGUUGCACUUAUUGUUCCAUCUAGUAUCGCACCACAGCGACGAGACGGCGUUUCUGAAGGAGGGCUUCCAAACGUUGACCGCGAUUUUCAAAUCGAACUACUUUCUGGCCAAUAUGGAACAACUGAACCUCCGGCCCUUGAUGAAGGACGUGCUGGACUUCAGUACUGAUUUUGUAUAUUUGCAUGUGCAAUAGCAAUAUUAAUGUUUGAGUGUUUCUUUGCUCAACGAGCAAACGGAGGGCGAGGCAUCGAUCAUGUAGUGUAAAACGAAAACAUCAACAAGGUUUUCUGUUCCUCUCGGACCUGAAGGAAGAUUUCGCAGAUGGCAUGUUGCUGCGGUCUGCGACCGCGGUCUUGCGGGUAGCGCUGAAGAAGCUCGCGGCUACAGAAGGAAUGCUGGACGAUGAGGAAGACAUGUACACGCACGUCCUGCGCCGGCUCACCUACGUCAUCGCGACCUACAGCAAGAGGCAGGAGGGAGCAGUGCCGAAGUACAAAUGGAAUUUGGUCUGUCAGAUUGAAUGACAACAUUUUGUUCAUUCCGUUAGGAGAAGGAACGACCACUACAGGGCCAGAAAUUUCUCAAAUUUUUUCUGAAGUAAGCGAAAUAAUCAAAAUCCGCAGGCCUGAAGACGGCACCACCCCCGGCGCUGCCAAGCUUCCCAAAGCUUCCCCGAGCAAGCAAGCCGCGGCGAAGAUCGUCACCAGCAUGGCCGGGUCGCACUCGCAAUUUGAGGUCGAAGGCUUGGAGGAUUUGGUUGUCGCCGUGUCGCCCGUGAAAGAGCUGGACACGCGCGUUUCGGAGAUGUUUGACGACCCCGACGCGCUUUCGGCGACUUUGUUCAUGAAUAACACGAAGAAAAUCGGGUCGCUUCCGAACAACAUGCUCGCGUCUCUGUUUGAUUCGUGGGACCGGGUUUGCUCCUCCAGUGCGGCGUUCAAUUCGCCAGGGAAGGCGGGCGGGGACCAAGAGUCCUUGAGUAGCCCGAGCGGGAAAAGAACGCAGCACUCCUCCACGCAGGGGACCAUGUUGACGAGCAGUAAGUCGUUUUAUUUUCUAAAUCUUUUUCUGUUGUUCGUUCUUCGCUCCUGGAAUGACUCGUCUCUGAUCGAUGAUGUGCCCCCAACAACUUAACUGUAUCUAACUCGCAUAGAAUCCUCCGCCGGUGCGCAACAAGGGUCCGCGAGCAAGAAGAAGGGUCAUCACCAGCGGUCGACCAAAGUACCCAAAGUUACCUACGAGUCGUGGGAGAUGGCGAUGAAGGUGGAGCUCUCGCUGUCCCUCCUGGACACGACGCAGGCCAUUUGCCGUGACAAGUCGUGUUGGCAGGCCUGUACCGAGCAGAUCAUGCGGGUUUCGGUAGCGGCGUUGCGAACGUUUGGGAGCAAACGGGAGAGAAUAACGCUAGAGGCGCUCAAGAAUCUCAGGUAAAAAUGAUAGCAUUUUUUUGGUAUUCGUUGAAAAGUAGCUUUGCCCGUAGAAAAAAGGGACAUCCUUGCAUCAAAUCAAUGCACUGAUUUGGCGUCGUGCACAUAGGACCAUGAGCAACAAUAUCACAGCGGCCUCCCACCCGAGAUGGUGAUUGAAUUCGAGCCGGAGAUGGACUUGAUCAAGACGAUUUGUGGGAAGAUUCUCGUUCAGUACGAACGCAGCGUGGACGUGGUGAUCUACGCCUGCCGGUUGCUGCAGGGGAUACAAACGGACGACGUGAUCAGUGGCAAGAUGAUGAAAUACCUCAUGAUCCAGCGGUGCUUGCGGCUCAUCCGGGCGCACCCCAUGCACGCGGACUGCUCCGUGGACAUAUUGAAGGUACAGUGCGUGAUGAAUUUGAUUUAGCAUGCCAACUCCUUUUUCAUAGCAGGUGCAGGCCAAUUGCGCCACGUAUAGAAAAUUCAAAAUUAAUCUAUUUCUUACAAACUUCCCAUCCCAGGUCCUUCGCCUCCUCCUCGCGAAGGGCGACAACCGGGGGCUCGUGUUCCUCAAAUACGGCGGCUGCGAGGAGCUUUCCUUCUGCCUCCGCCGGUUUGACCAAGACUGGAAGGACGCGCCGGCACGGCGGCUGCUGAUUUUCACUUUCUCGUUCCUCGCGGAGCUGACGGAAGCCGACGCCGCGACGAAGCGCCGCAUCUCUCUCGGAACCGGCAGGGAUACCGGCACCUGCCUGCUCCGUGUGCCGAUUGAGCAGCAGGACCCGGAGCUGCGGGAACAGGUCGGGGACUUCAUGCGGAGGUUUGAGGGCGAGUCCGACAACGUGCGGCCGCUGGUGGUGUAGGCCAAAGCAGAGGAGGGAGUAUCGCAUUAAUCGGCGGGGCGCAUGAAUGCCAGCUUCUUCGAACUUGGAAGCCAACGUAUCAAUCUAUCAACUUGGUGUCAGACUUGAUAAAACUAUUAACAAAAAUUCCUGCAAAAAUCGCGAAAGUUCUCCGGACGAUUUUGCGUUCUUCGGAAGAGAAAGAUAUUACACAUUGGUCAAGAAGAGUUGUGUUUCGAGGUCUUCUCAAAAGAUUCUCAAAGAACUUUUCGACACAGGCAAAAAUAAACUGGACAGAGAGAUUAUUUGCAAGCUGCUUUCACAGCGGCCUUUCUUGAAUAAGUCUAAGUUUCAUACACAGGAGGACUCAUCAGGUUCCAUUCAGACUGCGGGAAAGCCGCACCGCUGGUCUUUUUGUUUAUAUUUCUCCAUGAAGAAGCAGUA